AUGGCUGGAAGCUACAUCGUGCUGAGAGCACCUAGCAUCAGCCAAGCGGAACGAAUGCUGACUGAAUUCGACAGAACAUGUGGAUGGUCUUCAGCUGAAUCUGCCAAAGACUAUUCGGGACAUGUUGAACAUGUUGAACGAUCUGGCUCCGGAGCUGGGGAGGAGGAGACGAGCGGCUUGGGAGCGUAUAAGAGCAUCGAGGAUGUAGUGAAGAAGACCAGGAACACCCGGCUCCGUGCUCACCUCUUCAGCACCACUGUACUUUCUGCUUUGACAUAA